AUGGCGGUCAGUUCACCUAUAAAGAUGCUAGACAAACGCAGCGUACAUGUGAAUCGAUUAGCUUCGAGGCAGGGACCACCGAAAGAUGGCGAUGGAGGUGGAGGCAGAGGCGGAGGGAUGGGUGGAAGUGCUGUAAUAGUCGGCAUCGUUGCUGCCGUUGGAAUCCUCCUCACUGCUUGUGUGGUAUUUUACAUAAUGCUGCGGAGGUGGAGGGUACAAGGCAAGAAGCCCAAGUACAUUCCCACGAAAUUUUUGAAGAGCAAAUGGCAGACCUGGCAACCGGCCGGGAAAUACAAGGCCGUCCGCAACCGAGAACUUACAUCCACCAACACGGCGUACAAUGGCAAUGACAUCGGCGGCGAAGCAGGAACUGGGGCAGGAGUCGAUCGCAAUACCAGCGUUCGCAGCGUCAUGACGCUUCCGGCAUAUUCGAGGACGCCAAAGGACACCGAACAAGUAAUUGGGCGAGAAGGCGAAAGAGCUGGCAUGGACACAGUGGUGGAAUUCCCAGAGACGGCCGACGAAGAAGAGACCCGUCGCGAAGACCAGAUGGAGUCAUUGUACCAAAUUCGACUGGCACGCCGCCGCGAAAUUGCGGAACGAGAAGAACGCCGGCGAGAGCGAAGAGAAGCUCGCGAGAGAGGAGAUACGGCUAGAUUAGAGGAGCUGAGGCGAGAGUCCCGGCAGCGAGCAAACGAGAGUACUGCUUCCCUCAAUGGUGGUGUGAGUGUAUCUGCAGCCACCUUGAUUGCCGAACAUCAGUCUCGCGGACGAGAACGAAGGGUAUCGAGCGUGGCAUAUGCUGCACUGGGAGAGGUACGACAUGACGGUACCCGGAUUCGAGCAAACAGCAAUGACUCUGAGCGAGGCGGACUACUAAGUGGAGCAGCUCCUAUGGGCGAAGCUGGUGGACGCCCUCGUCUCCUGUCCGACGCUACAUCUCUACACAGCCGCGAACGUUCAAACAGCGCAGUGAGUGUGUCAACGAUGGGGUCUGACAUGGAACCUCAACCGACACCAGGCUCAACCAUUCCCGACGACACCCACCGGCGCCAAAGUGACGAGCCCCAAAGCGGCGGUACGUCCAACUCUUCCCCCACCGCCAACAGAUUCACUCCUGAUGAAAGCACCGGAUCAGACGACAUUGGGGAAUCACGUAUCCCACUACCUCCCGACAUUGGUGAUGUAAAUCAGCCACCCGACUACGAGUUCCUGGACUGGGGCGAUGCUCCCUCCUACGAGGCUGCUGUUGCUCGUCGCGCAGCUAGCAAUGCAAGUCGUGCUGCGGGUAUUCCGAGCAGGGCUCCCACCAAUGCAAGCGUUGCUCCUCAACUGCCACAGCUCAAUCUUCCUCGGAUCAGGGUAUCUGGGGCCACAGAGCCCAACACGCCUGUAUCGCCGGAAGUGCAAUCGGCUUCUGCAUCCAAUACUGGAGAUACACCAAUCUCGCCUGUGGCAACGACGAGCAUGCAUACAGUGGUCGAGCAUCCAAGUAUGGAAACGACCUCUAAUUCUGCAGAUGCGCAUCAGAAUUGA